AUGCAUCGAUACCAGCCCCGAAUCCACUUGGUGAAGAUCAGGGAGGGAGGUGGACCCAUCACAGAUCUAUCAAGAGAACAGCAUAGAACCUUCGUCUUCCCUGAAACUGUGUUCACAGCAGUGACGGCGUACCAGAACCAGCUGAUAACGAAACUUAAAAUUGACUCCAAUCCUUUCGCAAAAGGCUUCCGAGAUUCGUCGAGAUUGACAGAUUUUGAUAGGUGA